AUGAAGUAUUUGAUUAACUGGACACAUUUAGAAGGAGCUAAUGUAUCACUAAAUUUGGAGAAUGUUAACAAGACGGACAACUGCCCCAUGUUCUGCCCAGAGAUGUCUGUUUCCACUGCACUCUAUGUGAUAUCGUAUAUCCUUGUGAUAGCUGUUGUUCUGUUUACAAUGUGUGGAAACCUGCUUGUCAUCAUCUCUGUUGGUCAUUUCAAGCAGCUCCACACUCCAGCUAAUAUCCUCAUCCUCUCUCUGGCUGCAUCUGACCUUCUUGUGGGUAUAAUUUUAAUGCCGUUAUAUUUCAUUCGGUUGAUUGAGUCAUGCUGGUUUUUUGGACUGAUAUUCUGUCAACUAUUUAAUUAUCUCUCUUUCCACCUGACUUGUGUGUCUGUAUAUAAUAUAGCUCUCAUUGCCAUAGAUCGUUAUUUUGCUCUCAGUAAUCCUUUUAUCUAUUCAAAGGAAAUCUCCCAAAAUCUUAUUUACAUUGUAGUUUUGUUUAACUGGAUAUUUUCACUAUUUUACAAUUUUGCUCUUGCUUAUUGCAAUGGAAACUUCACUGAUUUGGUGAUAUGUUCUGGAGAAUGUCUUUAUACUCAAGAUGACAUGUGGUCCCUUGUUGAUCUAGUGAUUGUGUUUAUUUUUCCAUGUUCUGUUAUAGUAAUUUCAUACAUGGGCAUAUUUUUCAUUGCUAAGAGACAUAUUAAUACCAUCAGAGAGCUCACUGCCCAAAGAAAUGCAACACAUAGUAAAAAUCUCACAAACUCUAUAAGAUCUGAGAGAAAAGCAGCCAAAGUCCUCAGCAUUAUCGUGUCUGUUUUUCUAUUGUGUUUAGUCCCAUAUUAUGUCUGCACUUUGUUAAGUGGUGUCAUAACCGCUGCAUCUUUUAUUUACAUCAGGGACAAUAUCUUCAUUCUCUUUUACCUAAAUUCUUGCAUCAACCCAAUAAUCUAUGCUUUGUUCUACCCAUGGUUUCGCAAAAGUGCAAAAUUAAUUUUAACCUGUGAAAUAUUUAAUGCCAAUUCCUCACGUAUUAGUGUUGUUGGAUGA